UUGAAUUGAAAUCACUUUUACUUAACCUUUGCAAUGACUACCCCAGAAACUGAAUAUGAUAGAAGAAAACAAAUUAGUGUUAGAGGAAUAGCUCAAGUUGAAAAUGUUUCUGAAUUUAAGAAAGGAUUUAAUAGACACCUGCAUUUCACUUUAGUAAAAGAUCGGAAUGUUGCUACAACAAGAGAUUAUUUUUUUGCAUUAGCCUAUACAGUCAGGGAUCAUUUAGUUGGUCGUUGGAUUCGAACUCAACAAUAUUAUUAUGAAAAUGACCCAAAAAGAGUAUAUUAUAUAUCGCUAGAAUAUUAUAUUGGGAGGACAUUAACCAACACAAUGAUGAAUUUAGGAAUAUCAAGUUCAAUUGAUGAGGCCUUAUAUCAACUGGGUCUGGAUAUCGAAGAGCUCGAGGACCAGGAAGAAGAUGCCGGAUUGGGUAAUGGCGGCUUGGGCCGGCUAGCGGCCUGCUUUUGCGAUUCUAUGGCUACACUGGGAUUAGCGGCUUACGGCUACGGUCUACGAUACGAGUACGGUAUAUUCACGCAGCGCAUCAUUAACGGUUGGCAGGUGGAAGAACCAGACGAGUGGCUGAGAUAUGGAAGCCCUUGGGAGAAGUCUAGACCCGAAUACGUCAUCCCUAUCAACUUUUACGGGAGGGUUAACCACACCGCCAACGGAGUCAAGUGGGAAGAUACCCAGAUUGUGAACGCGUUGCCCUACGACGUUCCCAUACCCGGAUAUCACAAUAAUACUGUCAACACUCUUAGACUCUGGUCGGCAAAGGCUCAGCGCAGUUUCUGCCUCAAUUUCUUUAAUAGCGGUCAAUACAUACAAGCCAUUAUGGAUAGAAACAUUUCGGAAAACAUUACCAGAGUUCUGUACCCCAACGAUAACUUUUUUGAAGGAAAGGAAUUGCGUUUGAAACAGGAAUACUUUAUCGUCGCGGCCACGCUGCAAGACAUUAUAAGACGAUUCAGAUCGUCCAAAUUCGGCUCGCGCGAACCUAUAAGGACCUCUUUCGAAACUUUUCCUCAAAAGGUGGCUAUCCAACUUAACGACACUCAUCCUUCCCUCGUCAUACCCGAACUCAUGAGAAUAUUUAUGGAUGUCGAAGGGCUCGGCUGGGACCAGGCUUGGAAGAUAACCGAGGCCACUUGCGCUUACACCAAUCACACCGUUUUACCCGAAGCCCUGGAGCGAUGGCCCGUCACGAUGUUUGAAAGCCUUUUGCCCCGACAUUUGGAAAUCAUUUACGUCAUCAACGAAAAAUUUAUGGACGUGGUGCGAGGCAAAUGGCCCGGUGACAAUGAUAGGCUUAGACACAUGUCGCUGAUCGAAGAGGAUGGCGGUAAGCGAGUUAAUAUGGCGCAUCUGGCUAUAGUGGGCAGCCACGCCGUUAACGGUGUCGCGGCGAUUCACACGGAGAUCAUCAAACAUACCACCUUCCGAAAUUUCUACGAAUUGUGGCCGUACAAAUUCCAGAACAAGACGAACGGAGUUACCCCGAGAAGAUGGCUCCUACUCUGCAAUCCCGGUUUGGCUGACGUCAUAGCGGAUAAAAUAGGGGAUAGAUUUGUAAACCACUUGUACGAACUGCGUCAGCUGGAAAGUCAGAUCUCGAACAAGGCCUUCAUUUUAGCUAUCAUGAAAGCGAAACAGGAGAACAAGCUCAGGUUCGCUAAUUACAUCCAAAAGGCUAACAAUGUUACGGUGGACCCAUCGGCCAUGUUUGACUUUCAAAUCAAGCGUAUCCACGAGUAUAAAAGGCAGCUCCUCAACGCUCUGCACGUGAUAACGGUCUACAACAGGAUCAAGAAGAACCCGGACAAGAAUUUCACUCCCAGGGUCGUGAUGAUCGGGGGAAAAGCCGCCCCGGGUUAUCACAUGGCCAAAAAGAUCAUAAAACUCAUAUGUAACAUAGGGAAUAUCGUUAACAACGACCCCGUGGUGGGCAAUAGGCUUAAAUUCAUAUUUCUCGAGAAUUACAGGGUCAGUAUGGCCGAAAAAAUUAUUCCGGCCGCCGAUCUCAGCCAGCAGAUCAGCUUAGCCGGAACGGAAGCAUCUGGUACCGGCAAUAUGAAGCUUAUGUUAAACGGCGCUUUGACGAUCGGAACCCUAGAUGGCGCGAAUGUCGAAAUGAUGGAGGAAAUGGGGAAAGACAAUAUCUUUAUAUUCGGCAUGACAGUCCCCGAGGUCGAUGCCUUGUGGGCCAAAGGUUACAAUCCCAAGUCUUUUUACGAGAGAAUUCCAGAACUGAGACAAGCCAUCGAUCAAAUUCAAAACGGGUUCUUCAGUCCGGAACAGCACGACCUGUUUCACGAUAUAGUUCACAACUUGUUGAACAAUGAUAGAUUUUGCCUAAUGGCUGACUACGAGGAAUACAUCAAGGCGCAGGAUAGGGUCUCAGCGUUGUAUCAGGACCCCAUCGAGUGGGCCAAGAAAUGUAUAAUGAAUAUUGCAUCCUCUGGCAAAUUUAGCAGUGACAGGGCUAUCACAGAAUACGCCAAAGAUAUCUGGAACGUGACACCCACUGACGUCAAGCUCCCUAACCCCAACGAACCCAUUAAGCAAUCGGUAAAGAUCGCCAACUAAAAUAUUUUUUUUUACAAAAAAAUGACACAAAAUAAAACUUUCCUUCAUUUUUUACCCCCCCCCCCAUCCCCUUUAAUAAAUUGCAAGCGGUAUUUUAAAAAUGUAUUCUCGGUUUAUAUAAUUUAUAAUUUAGCGUGCUAACCAUGUUGCCCCGACUCUCAUUGCCCUACCAAAAUUGAAUGAUUUCUUUUUUUUCUUUUUAUUACCAUCUUACCCCGAAUCUCAUUUCCCUGCAAAAAUUAAAUGAUUUCGUUCUCUUUUUUUUAGUUUUAUAUUUUAGCGCGCUAACCAUAUUACCCCGACUCCCACUGCCCUGCAAAAAUUAAAUGAUUUCCUUCUUCUUUUUUUGGUUUUUUUUGCGGUGAGAUACUUUUACGGUUAAGUGAACACCUUUUUUAAAAAAUAUUUUUGGUGCGAUUAACUGAGAAAUGGUACUUUUUUUUGUUUUUUCUUCAGAUUUUACCUAAUUUUUAUUCAAAAUUUUAUAACUGCCAAAUUUAACAUUACCCCUUUUUUUUAUCAUCAAAAAACCCAAAGUUUAAAUGAAAGAUUUAAUAUAAUCUUAAUAAUUUUCCGCUGCCGCGACACGCAAUAAUUUAUAAAUUUCGUUUCACAUCUUUCAAAUUAUAUAAUAAUAAACAAAUAAUUUAUUUAUGAAAAUUUAAGAGGUUGCAUAGUAUGCGCAUGCGUGUGUGCUACCUUUCUAUCAUUUUUAUUAUAUAUUUUAUUAAACUUGAGAAUUCAUAGAUUGUCCCCUAUUUUUCAUUUUUAGACGAAUAACGGCUUCUUUUAAACUAUCAUUUUUGCAAUAUAUUUUUCAAAACU